AUGAUCGGAUUUGCAUACCCUGCUUAUGCCAGCGUAAAGGCAGUACGAACCCAAGACACGAAAGAUGACACACAAUGGCUCAUCUAUUGGUGUGUAUUUGCUGCUUUUUCGAUCAUCGAUUUCUUUGCUGGUUCAAUCAUGCAAUGGUUCCCAUUUUACUGGCUGUUCAAGGUGGCGUUUCUCAUGUUCCUCUUUCUGCCUCAGACAAAAGGUGCUCAUUAUUUGUUCUACCAGUACCUGGACCCAUUGGUAACUGCGAUUGAUGAAAGUAUCGCCAAAAGAAACAAUUCGUAA